UGUACAAAUGUCAGGCCAGCCGCCCCGCGCGCCGCACUCCACCCCUCCGCGGCUCCCGCGUGCCGGCUGCCUCAGCGGGCGGGGGAAGGAAUCCCGCCCCGGACUGAGUCCCGUCCCGGGCGGCGGCCGCUUUGGGCACAGGGCAGCGGGCGCCGGGGGAAAGCGGGCGGGCGGGCGGGAGGGCGACUGACUGACUCGGCCAUGGCGCGGGUCCCGGCAGCCGGAGGGCUGGAGGCGCUGCUGCUCGUCACGAUCUGUUUGAACUUUGGAAAUGGACUUCACCUAGAGGUUUUUAAUCAAGCUGCCAAAAAUGAUAAUCUGUCUAAUCAGAAUAGUAAAAUCAGAGAAAAGCGGGAAUGGGUUGUCCCACCUGCUAUGAUUUCAGAAGAGGAUGACAAUUUGAAGAUUAAUCCAAUUGCUAAAAUAAGUUCUGAUCAUGCAGACGAUCCAGGAGUGGUAAUUACUUACUCAAUUUCUGGCCAAGGAGUGACCGAUGGUUUGUUUGUUAUCAAUGGAAAAACUGGAGAACUGAACAUAACAAGAAGAGUUGACCGAGAAAAAACUCCAAUGUUCAAUCUUAAAGGUCAUGCACAUGAUCAGAAUGGGAAAAAAGUGGAAGAGCCAAUAGACCUGAGAAUUAAAGUUAAGGAUAUAAAUGACAAUUACCCAGUGUUUUCAGAGGAAGUUUUUAUUGGCUCUGUUGAAGAGUUAAGUGAAUCAGGUACACUUGUGAUGAGGAUAAAAGCAACCGAUGCAGAUGAGCCGAAUAAUCUAAAUUCCAGAAUUGCUUUCAAGAUUCUUCAAGAUUCUUCUCUGCCACCUGCAUUCAGUAUUAAGAAAACCACCGGUGAGGUUGUAACAGCAAUGUUAUACCUUGACAGAGAGGAACAAAGUAGCUACACUUUGACUGUAGAAGCAAGAGACAGAGAUGGAGAACAAAUUGGGCUAGCUACAAACUGUACUGUAAAAAUCAAGAUUUUGGAUGUCAAUGACAAUAUUCCUGUUCUUGAAAGGCAGACAUAUGAAGGCAGUGUCGAGGAAAACAGAGCAAAUGUGGAAAUUAUGCGACUGAAAGUAUUUGACAAAGAUGAAAAAUUCUCUGAUAAUUGGCUGGCAAACUUCACAAUUGCCUCUGGGAAUGAAGGGGAUUAUUUCCAUAUAGAGACAGAUGCUCAAACAAAUGAAGGAGUUUUGACUCUUGUGAAGGAGAUCAAUUAUGAGGAAAUACAAAGCAUGAACUUGAGCGUUGUCGUUACAAAUAAAGCAGCAUUUCACAAAUCAAUUAGUAGUACCUACAAAGUAAAACCAAUUCCAGUAACGAUUAAGGUAAAAAAUGUUCCAGAGGGCCUUGUAUUCAAACCCCACACAAUGGUGAUUGAGACACAUGAGACUAUGACUAUAAACCAGAUUAUUGGGAAAUAUCAAGCCUAUGAUGAAGACACUUCAAAAGUAGCAGAACAUAUCACAUAUGUCAAAAGAAAUGAUGAAGAUAAUUGGAUUAUGAUAGAUUCUACUACAGCUGAAAUCAAGCUAAUAAAAAUACCUGAUUAUGAGUCAUCUUAUUUAAUUAAUGGUACCUACACCGUCAACAUUCUGGCCAUACCUAAUGAUUAUUCUAAGAAAACAGCCAUGGGUACCAUUGUAAUUCAGGUUGUGGAUGCCAAUGAUAAUUGUCCAACCAUUGUGACUCCAGCACAGACUGUGUGUUCAGAUGCAAAAUUCUUCAGUUUUACAGCUGAGGAUCGAGAUGCUUAUCCAAAUAGUGCUCCCUUCUCUUUUACUGUCAUUGAUGAGCCUGAAGGGAUGGCAAAUAAAUGGGUAAUUGGAGACAUAAAUGCAACAACCAUGCAGCUGUUACUACCACAAGAUGUAAAGCCCAGCACAAAUAAAGUUCAAAUUUUAGUGAAAGAUAUGCAAGGUUUAAGCUGUGCUGAAAAGCAGAUCCUUACACUGACAGUUUGUACCUGUGUGAAUGGGGGUUCCUGUCAAGACAGACUAAUCAACUCUUCAGUUGGGCUGGGAGCUGGAGCAAUUGCACUAAUUAUCUUGGCAAUUUUAUUAUUGCUACUUGUGCCACUCUUACUGCUGUUUUGCCAUUGUGGAUCAGGUGCUAAAGGAUUCACAGCAAUACCUGACAGUAGUGAAGAGAUGUUACGUAAAUGGAACAGUGAAGGGGCAGCACCUGAAGACAAGGCAAUGCUAACCCUCAUUGCUCCCACUGUGUUGGACAACUCAGCAGCAAAUGUGCGCAGUGGAGCAGCAGCAGUGAUGGGUGCAGAGGCAGCUGCUACAGGAGGAGGCAGUUCUCGAUCUCAUAUUGACGGACGCUAUAGUAAUGCUAACAUGAGCAGUGGGAGAUGGGAAGAGCAAAGACAACUUCUUUCUGGUGCAAAAUAUGGAGCCAUGGCAGCUGGCGGGGCCAUGGCAAUGGGAGCUGGCGGGGCCAUGGCAAUGGGAGCUGGCGGGGCCAUGGCAAUGGGAGCUGACGGGGCCAUGGCAAUGGGAGCUGACGGGGCCAUGGCAAUGGGAGCUGGCGGGGCCAUGGCAAUGGGAGCUGGCGGGGCCAUGAUGACAGGACCUGAAGUGGGCAUAAAUGAAGCAUUUUUCAGAGAAUACUUCAGUGAGAAAGCUGAUGCUUUUGCUAGUGAAGAUGAAGCUCAACUAGCGAAAGACUGUCUCUUGCUUUACUGUCAGGAAGAAGCAGACUCCUCACAUGGUUCCAUUGGCUGCUGCAGCUUUAUUGAAGAUGACUUGGAUGACCGUUUUCUGGAUGAUUUAGGAGAUAAAUUUAAGACCCUAGCAGAUAUCUGUCUGGGCAAACAUGCAGAACUGGAAGUCAGCCAGCGUAGUUCACAUGUGUUGAAAGACAAGAAUGCUAGUCCAGCCAUGAAUGAGUCAGGUUUGUGUCUUAAUGAUGCAUUGCCACUGUUCUUAGAUCAGCAAAAUGCUUUCAGUUCAGAACAUACCUAUUCUUUAGGCACCGGCUUCCAACCACCUGAGCCUGUGCGUAGAGUAAAUAGCAUAGGUUCAGAAACUGUGACACGGGAGGUGGUCACUGAAACAUCCUAUGCCUCUAGGCCUGGCCUGCAACAAGCUAGGCCUAUUGUUGAUCCCUUGGCUAAUAGCAAUGUUAUAGUGACAGAAACAUCCUAUGCUGCUGACCCCACGGAGCGACCCACCACAAGUGUUCUUGAUCCUCAGUUUAAGGAGAGCAUUCUUGUAACAGAAAGAGUGCUCGCCCCGGCUUCUGGUUUGCAGGACAUGUUAGAAAUUCCUGACUUGCCAAAUGGACAUAAUGUUCGGGUAACAGAAAGGCUGAUUAGGUCAGAUGACACUAUGCCUGAACUCUUAAAAGUUCACGACUUCCCUGAUUCACAGUACAUUGUUGUGAGGGAGAGGGAGAGGCUGCUUGUACCUAGUUCAGAUCUAAAGGCCUCGCUAAGCAUUCCCGAUUUAUCAGAGGGGCAGAAUGUGGUGAUAACUGAAAGAGUGGUUACACCCACCUCAGGGCUGCAGGCUAGUUACACAACUCCAGCUGAGGUUUCAGGGAUGCAAAGCGUAAGAGGGCAGACCACCAUUUCUGGACCUGGAAGGCAGGAGCGUAUACUAAUCACAGACCCGCCAUUUAACCAAACAGGCUUAGGUUUGGAGGAUUCUUCUACCCUGAGUAAGUCUUCAAAGGUCACAAAAUACAGCACUGUACAGUAUACUCGCUCAUAAAAUACAUAUCCCUCAGACAGCUCUGCUAGGCAUCAUUUAUAUCUCUACCAGCAACACUGGCAACUUUUUAGUAUCUCAAGAUCUCAAUUUUCUUGUGCUUGUAAAAAUGGCAUGAAUUUUCUUAGUCGUUUCUGUAAAUAAGAAAUAUGACCAAGGGAAAAAAAGCAGCUGACUUUACAGUGUUUUAUAGCAAUGCUUUCAUGGUGGACAAUUAAUAGGAAUAAUGUUUCCUUGUUUUUUCCUUCUCCUACUGUAUAAUUCAUCAUAAGUAAGAUAUUGCUGAUGAAGGCGAAACCCAUCACCCACAUGCAGAGAUGAUAUAAUUAGAAAGCCAGAAAAGUCUUGAAAAACACUGUAAUGACCAACCAAAAAUGUUGUUAAACUAAAUUUCUAUGAACCGUUUGUCUCCUGUGUUCUAAAGUGUCUUGCAGGAGCUCUGGACCUUACUCAUCAGUUUCAUUCCCUUUCAUCUAAAAGGACCAGAAACAACUUUUCUCCACAGAGAUGGGGGCUGUAUAUGCAAUAUCCCAGGCUCUAGCAGAUUUACAAAUGGAAGAAUUUGUCAGAAUUUCAGAAAUAAUUUGAGUCAGAUAAUGAUCUCUAGCUGUGAGGUGCACACUACCUCAGAGCUAGGAAAACCUGUUCCUGUGAAUGCACCCCAAAGAAUAGUAGGUUUAUCGGUGUUCGGCAUAUGUUGACGUCACAUAGGAGACCAGAUCUUUCAACAUCUAAUCUGAAUUUUGAUUUCUGCCCCAUCUUUCUGUUACGUAUUUACCUUUUUAAGAAACAUUUUAAUACCGUAGCCUUGAAAAUAAACUUGAAAAAGAUAAAACUAUUUAACAUGUUACCUUGAAAAAGUAAUUUCAAUUGGGCAGGGAUGGUGUCCAUAGCCUCUGUUUGCCAGAAGCUGGGAAUGGGCAACAGGGGAUGGAUCACUUGAUGAUUACCUGUUCUGUUCAUUCCCUCUGAAGCACCUGGAAUUGGCCACUAUUGGAAGACAGGAUACUAAGCUAGAUGGACCUUUUGUCUGACCCAAUAUGGCCAUUCUUCUCUCUUCUUUGUGAAUUUUGGUUAUAGUUAUGGUUUAAUGCUUACAUAAUAAAAUUGAAAGGAAAUUUUCCCUGUACUGAUUCCAGUCCAGGCACCGAGAAAAAUAUGAGAAUUUCUGUUGCAAUAUUUCCUCAAGACACCUAAAUAAUUUGCAGAUCUUGUCUGUAAAGAUUUUCUUUUCACACUGUGCCAAAAUAAAUGUGCCACAAUGUAAGCCAAAAUAAAAGUAAAAUAGAGGGGCACAGUCCUGCCGAGAAGCCAAGCAGCCAAACCUGUUAUGUUCCCAGAAAUGCUGCUUAUGGAACUCACAGGAGUGAUAGCCAGAAGCUGUGAAAUCAGCAUUUCCUGUCAUUCAAAGCAAUGCUUGCACCUUGGCACAUAGUUUGGAGUGUAAGUAGCAAGACAGCUGAGCUGUCUGCAGACCACUGAAUACUGAAGUCAGUUACUUUUUGACAUGUUGCACCAGCUUUGAUGUAAUGCACACAAGCAUUUUAAUUGUCCAUAUUUUUACUUACUUUUAUUGGUCAUGAAAUAACACAUGAAGCAAACAUAGCUCUCCCUCUUCUUUCCACCACUGUGAGCAGAAAUGUAGGGCCAGAGAUUCAGGCAUAAUUGAGAUCACUUAGACAUCUAUAGGACCUGAUUUGCAGGUGCUAUCAGGUAAAUGACCUAAAUCAUGUUGUAAAAUUGCAGACUCAAAACUGGAGGUGCAGGUUAAAAUUUGACAUCAAGAGCCAGAUCCCACUUCCACUGAAGUUGAUGCUAAAAUUUCUGCUGACUUUACUGCUGCUGACUGGGGCCUUGCUUAUACACUAUUUGGUGAGAAAUGAGGGAGCUCACUUUUUUACAGAACUGUCCAUUAGUCAGUUCAUUUUUUUCUUGAUAUUUAAAUGUUGGCAAAAGGGAAACACAUUUACUCAGAAGGAGGGGAAAGUAAUGUAUAUCUGAAUGUAAAUAUUUAUUUUUAUGAAAUUUGGGAAAACCCAAGUGAAUUUUGUUCAAAAUCAAAGCUGGAAGGUGUUGUGAAUAGGAGAAGUCACCUUAAUGCUUUUUGGAACAGUUAUGACACAGUAAAAAUAUUACGAGUGUUGUUAAUUACCAUUUAGUGCCUACGUAUUAAGGCCCCGAGCUUGCAUACACUUAUGCACGUGACAGAUAUGGGACUGCUCACAGUGGUUAAGUGAAGCACAUGAAUAAGUAUGUGAAGGACUGGGGCCUUUGAUUGCAGAGACAGGACUUCAGUGGGGGUUCUGAUUAUUACUUUCAGUUUCACUCCAUUUCUAAUCAAUAUUUUCAUCCAAUUGCAUUGGUGUGUGUUACCAUGUUAUUUUCUGCCUGAAAUUUUUUUAAAUAAAGAUAUAUUUGAAACGGGGGGGAAAGUACCAAGAAGUAUGUAGAAAGCAAUUUAAACAGAAACUUGUAUUAUAUUUAAAUAGGGAAAAAUAUGAAAAUGAGAACUAUGGUCUUUGUUCAGCACAGGGUAUGUAAGCAUGUGCCUAAUUUAAGAACAUGAGUAGUUCCAGGUAAGUCAGUGAAAAUACUCAUGUGCUUAAAUUUGGCACAUGCUUGAGUACCUUGCUGAACUGGGGUCUAUAUCUCUGGUUUUAAUUUUUAAUGUAUAUGGCAUAGACUUGUAUUUCAUUCCCAAGCAUGAAUUUUGAAUGGAUAACUGCUCUUUUUUCCUGCAUGUAGAGGAAAUGGAUUUAUGCUGAUUUUAUACAUGACCUUUUUUGCCGUGAUUUCUAUAUUUUUAUGGAACUUCAAAUAAAGGAAAAUACUGA